AUGAAAAAGGGCAGGAGGAACGACAAGGGUAAGAAGCUUGCGGGCAAGGCCGCAGCAAGGGCUCUCGUCUGGCUUCUGCUUCCUCUCCUCGUCUUCGUCGUGCUCAACUCCGAUCACAUGCCGCAGCUUCCUCUUCAAGCAACAACUCUUUAUUUGGUCGCCCAUUCACCACCACCUUCUCCCGCAUCAAGCGAGCAGACACCCAGCAUGGCCGUCGAUACACUACCUUCCGCCGCAUCACGCCAUGAAACGCCCGGCAAAGCCGUCGACGCACCACCUUCUCCCACAACAAGCGAUCAGACACCCGGCGUGGCCGUCGAUGCACCACCUUCCGCCGCAUCACGCGACGACACGCCUGGGGACGCCAUCCGUGCAAACAAAAGUCAAGGCGACGUUGCCCGUCGACGAGAUACAGAUAUGGCAGCACCAAGAAGCAAGUCAAUUUGUGACUUCAGCAGUGAACGAAUGGACAUCUGUGCCAUGCAAGGCGACGUCCGUAUGCACGGCAAAUCCGCCACCGUGUACGUGGUCUCAGCAUUCGACGAUGGCUACCGGCCAGAGAAUGGGACGGUGAAGAUCCGCCCGUACCCGCGCAAGUCGGAGGAAGGAACGAUGAAGACUAUCCGGGAGGUAACCAUCCGCUGGAGCGGGCUAGAUGCGCCACGGUGCACGGUGACGCACGACGUCCCCGCGGUGCUCUUCUCCACCGGCGCCUACCUCAACAACUUUUUCCACGCCAUGACCGACGGCAUCAUCCCUCUCUUCAACACUGUGAGGGAGUACGAUGGCCACGUCCAGCUUGUGAUCACCGACUACAACCGCAAGUGGGUUGACAAGUUCCAACGCAUCCUCGCCGUGCUCUCCAAGUACCCGGUCAUCAACUUCAACGCCGACGACAAGGUGCGUUGCUUCCCGUCGGUGCACGUCGGCACCGAAGGCCAUAAGGAGAUGGGGAUCAUCCCUGCUCUCUCCCGCAAGGGCUACACAAUGACAGACUUCCGGAACUUUCUCCGGUCGGUCUACUCGUUGAAGCGUGAGUGGUCAGCCCCCGUAAACCGGACCACGGGUGACAGGCCUCGCCUCCUCAUGAUUCUGCGCCGCAACUCGAGGGCGUUUGCGAAUGAAGCGGAGGCCGUCGCAGCUGCCACUGAGGUCGGCUUCGAGGUGGUGUUGGCGGAGCCGCAGGUCGUGAGCGACAUGGCCCGGUUCGCAGAGGUCGUGAACUCGUGCGACGUGAUGGUGGGCGUGCAUGGCGCGGGGCUCACCAACCUAUUGUUCCUCCCACGCAACGCCACAUUGGUGCAGGUCGUCCCGUGGGGCGACAUGAGCUGGGGGUCCAAUGCUGCAUUUGGUGCACCGUCGGCUGACAUGGGGCUCCGGUACGUCCAGUACGAGACGACCCCCGAGGAGACGACGCUCAAGUACAAAUACCCGAGGGACCAUGCCGUCUUCACCGACGUCGCCUCCAUAAACAGGCAGGGGUACGGUAUGACGUGGGAGCUCUUCCUCAACGGCCAGAACAUCACCCUCGACAUCGACCGCUACAGAGGGGUGUUGCAGAAAAUCUACCUUGAUAGUAUAAUGGUCGAUCCUUCAUUUAAUUCUGACCCGGUCGUCGAAGCACCACCUUCUCCGGCAUCAAGCGGCGAGACACCCGGGGACGUCCUCGAUCAGAACAGAGAUCUCCAAAACGAGAAGGGGCUGCAAGCCAUGAAUGCAGGAGUAGUAGAUGCUUCUUUGAUAAAAUCAGAUGUGGCAGCACCAAGAAGCAAGUCAAUUUGCGACUUCAGCAGUGAACGAAUGGACAUCUGUGCCAUGCAAGGCGACGUCCGUAUGCACGGCAAAUCCGCCACUGUGUACCUGGUCUCAGCGUCUGAUGAUAGCUACCGGCCAGAGAACGGGACGGCAAAGAUCCGACCGUACCCACGCAAGUCGGAGGAAGGAACUAUGCAGACUAUACGGGCGGUCACCAUCCGCUGGAGCGGCCUGGAUGCGCCACGGUGCACGGUGACGCACGACGUCCCUGCGGUGGUCUUCUCCACCGGCGCCUACCUCAACAACUUUUUCCACGCCAUGACCGACGGCGUUAUCCCUCUCUUCAACACCGUGAGGGAGUAUGAUGGCCGCGUCCAGCUUGUGAUCACUGACUACAACCGCAAGUGGGUCGACAAGUUCCAACACAUUCUCGCCGCGCUCUCCAUGUACCCGGUCAUCGACUUUGACGCCGACGACAAGGUGCGUUGCUUCCCGUCGGUGCACGUCGGCACCGAAGGCCAUAAGGAGAUGGGGAUCAUCCCUGCUCUCUCCCGCAAGGGCUACACGAUGACGGACUUCCGAAACUUUCUCCGGUCGGUCUACUCGCUGAAGCGCGAGUGGUCGACCCUUGUAAACCGGACCUCCGGCGACAGGCCUCGCCUCCUCAUGGUGCUGCGCCGCAACUCGAGGGCGUUCGCGAAUGAGGCGGAGGCUGUCGCAACUGCCACACAAGUUGGCUUUGAGGUGGUGUUGGGGGCCCCAGAGGCCGUGAGCGACAUGGCCCGGUUCGCAGAGGUCGUGAACUCAUGCGACGUGAUGGUGGGCGUGCAUGGCGCGGGGCUCACCAACCUGGUGUUCCUCCCGCGGAACGCCACAUUGGUGCAGGUUGUCCCGUGGGGAGACAUGAGCUGGGGGUCCAAUGCUGCCUUUGGUGCACCUUCGGCUGACAUGGGGCUUCGGUAUGUCCAGUACGAGACAACCCCCGAGGAGACGACACUCAAGUACAAAUACCCGAGGGACCAUGCCGUCUUCACCGACGUAGCCUCCAUAAACAGGCAAGGGUACGGCAUGACGUGGGAGCUCUUCCUCAAUGGCCAGAACAUCACCCUCGACAUCGACCGGUAUAGAGGGGUGUUACAGCAAAUCUACCUUGAUAGUAUAGUGGUUGAUCCUUCAUUAAACUAG